GGCUAGCAGCUUUGAGUGAUUUUUUGUUGGUAUUUUAAGGUGACCGCAAGUCGGCUAACCAACCCUAUCAGAUUAUGAGAGAGAAUGGAAGGUGUGACGUUCAAGGAGGAGUAAAUUUGGUGGCACAACUCUCAAUGAAACUUACAAGCUAAAAGAGAAAGAUAGUAACACCCACCACCACUUUCUGUUCUUCAGAACUUGUGCUCAUCAUAUCCUAAUAAUUAAACUCCUUUCUUCUUCAAUCUUUCACUUUCGAGUUCCUUACAGGUGUAUUCGGGGUAGGAAAUGACUACACUAGAUGCAACCAGAGCGGAACUUGCUCUCUUGGUCUUAUACUUGAACAAAGCUGAAGCCAGGGACAAGAUAUGCAGGGCUAUACAGUACGGCUCCAAAUUCUUGAGCAAUGGAGAGCCUGGUACUGCAGCAAAUGUUGACAAAUCUACUAGCUUGGCUAGAAAAGUUUUUCGGCUUUUCAAGUUUGUCAAUGAUUUGCAUGCUCUUAUUAGUCCACUUCCUCAAGGAACUCCUCUUCCCAUUGUUGUACUCGGAAAGUCCAAAAAUGCGUUGAUAUCUACUUUCUUGUUCCUGGAUCAAAUUGUUUGGCUUGGAAGAACAGGCAUCUAUAAGAACAAAGAGCGUGCAGAUUUACUGGGCCGAAUCUCCCUCUUCUGUUGGAUGGGUUCUUCAGUUUGCGGCACCUUGGUUGAGCUUGCUGAGCUUGGAAGGUUGUCAUCAUUGAUGAAGAAAAUAGAGAAGGAUCUUAAGAACAGUGAGAAGUACCAAAAUGAGGAAUACAAGGCCAAGCUCAAACAAUCAAAUGCACGGACACUGGCUCUUGUGAAAUCAGCUAUUGACGUAUUUGUUGCCAUUGGGCUGCUUCAAUUAGCACCUAAGAAAGUAACUCCUCGUGUGACAGGAGCCCUUGGAUUUACCACCUCGCUCAUUUCUUGCUAUCAGUUGCUUCCUUCACCAGUGAAGUCGAAGACAACAUGAAGAUGGGAGAGUUGAAAUCCGCUCAAAAAGUUUCAUGGCAUCUAAUAAUAUUCUUCAGAUUAUUGGUAGGAUUUAUAUACCUAGAAUGUAAUGCUCUUCGCCUUUCUUACCAAAAUACUCAAGUGAUUGUUGUUGUUUCAUCUACUCAACGACGUCUGUUAUUCAUUCUGCUACUGUUAUAAUAAUACCAUAUCGCGCUCCGAAUUAUCUA